GUACCUAGUAAUUCAUCGUUGCGGCGCGCGCGCUUGACACAGCACAGCACGCAACGCAGUCCUGGUUUAAACUGCCUGCCACACAGUUAGUUUUGCGACGGCAUCCCACACCCAUUCAUUCAUAGCUCGCGGCCUGCUCUGGUUCUAACUCUGACUCUGACUCUGACUCUCUAUUCUAUUCCUGCUAUUCUGUACUCCUGCUGAAUUCGAACACGGCCAUGAGAAUUGCAAUCCUCUCCUCUUCCUCUUUGGACCUUGCUUGUCCGCAAUCCCAGUAAUUGCCUUGUAAUUUGCCCAUCGCCCAUCGGGGGCUCUUUUGGAUCAGAUCGCCCAAAAGGAGUCCUCAGACCACCCCCUCUGAUCUGAACCGAACUGGAACUUUUGCAACUGAUGCUCAUCCCCGUCGCGAAUCAUGUCUAUUCUCUCGAGAUAUUCUUUGCGCCAAAAUCGCGGGUUCUUGGGCUCGGACAGUUCUGCUCUGCCAUCGCAGGAUGCACAGGAUCGUCAACAAUUGCGCUACGAGCUUGACUUGAACUCAUGGAACUUUCGCAUCUGGGGUGUUUGCGCCUCUGGCUUUUUAACAGACUCCUAUAAUCUCUUCUCGACAAAUGUAAUACUCGCUUCUAUCGCGUUUGUAUACUGGCCAAAUGGCCCCGAAUGGUCGGGUCUACUCAUUAACUUCUUUACACUCUUGGGAUCCGUCGUUGGUCAGAUCCUCUUUGGCUACCUUGCGGAUCGCUAUGGUCGAACUCGCCUCUAUGGCGUUGAGCUCGUCCUGGUUAUUGUUUCAACGAUUGGAGUCGCCACUAGCAGUCAUGGCUACAAUGAUCUCUCCUUUCUCGGGUUGUUCAUUUGGUGGCGUUUUGUCAUGGGCAUUGGAAUCGGAGCUGAAUACCCCCUCAGCGCUGUCAUCACAUCGGAAUGGUCCAGUACACAAUCUCGCGCCACUAUGCUCUCGUCUGUUUUCAUGAUGCAGCCCAUCGGCCAGGCGCUGGCACAGUUGGUAGGCCUGUUUGUCCUCCUCGGCUUCGAGCGAAGUCACAACCUCCAAGGAAUGCGUUGCGGGCUCGAUAUAUUGCAUGAAGAGGAAUGCAAAAAGGCAUUGGACGGCGUCUGGCGCAUUGUCAUCGGGUCGGGUGCCGUCCCUGCACUGCUCGCCAUCAUCUUUCGCUUCUUCCUGUUCGACUGUGGUAUCUACAGCCUUGAGGUCAGGAACAAACCGAGGAUGGCACUGGCAAAUACUCAAAGAAUCUACGGUGCGCCCCAAGGUGUUGGGCUAGAAACAUUCCCCAGCGGAGGUGUUAACGGGCGCUCCAUGAGUGGCGGUGUUGGCGGACAGAACUCGUUCCCGAUGAACCAAUUCGUUCAAACACAAGCACCAGCAACAUAUCAGACUACGUCCCCCGACGGGAACCACCAUGUUGCACCUUCAUAUCGCACAAAUGGCCUUGGAGAUGGGAUGCAUCUUGCGAGUAGCUCGCAGCAGCCGAUGCCAGUGCAAUUUUCGAGAGAGGACCUCCACAACUACUUCAUCCGCGACGGGAACUGGGCAUAUCUGCUGGGCACGGCGGCAACAUGGUUCUUCUUGGACGUUUCCUUCUAUGGCAUGAGCCUCGAUAACAGAGGCACUCUGUCGACGAUGUGGGCGACCACCACGCCGACCAAGAUUGACGACUCCCUCGAGUGUUGGAUAUCAUCGCUUCGCGGGGGGAACUCUACGGUACCGAAUUGGGCCACCGAUGGACUUCCAGUUUGGUCGACCGACGCGACGCACCCCUGCAACACCAUCUACGACGUGCUGAUCGAGCAAACAAAGCAAUAUCUCUUGACCGUCUCGCUUGCAUCCAUCGCAGGCAGCGCUUGUUUCGUCUUAUUUGCCAACCGCAUCCCUCGACGUCAGUGGCUCACAGCAUCCUUCCUCGUUCUAGCUGGCUUCUUCGUCAUCACUGGAUGCGUCUACUAUGGCGUCCAUCAACAAAAGGGUGCUCCGGCCACAGUGGUGUUUGUAGCCAUCUGCCACUUCAUGUUCAACUUUGGCGCCAACACGUUAACAUUUAUCAUACCAGCCGAAAUCUUCCCGACCUGCUAUCGUUGUCUGUGCCACGGAAUAUCUGCUGCUGCAGGGAAGCUAGGCAGUCUCGUUGCUGUUCUAGUGGUAUACGGAAUAAACCAGUCAUAUCAAGCAGAAAAUAGACAAGGACUCAUCUUUCUCCUAUUUGGCUCUGUGGCUGCUGUGGGUGCCAUCUUCUCCUGGGCGUACCUACCGGAUUCCCAACGUCGCGUCGAGUACGAUGGCAAGAGUUACCUCGAGUCCAAAACGCUCGAGGAGCUUGGCGAAGGAAGAGUCAAAGCACGACUUGGGGGCGAGCUGGUGACGAUAGAAGAGAAGUGGGAUGCUAUCAAGAGGAGGAAGAGAGGGUCCAUGAGAAGCGACCCCUCUGUGCCAGAUGGGACUAUAUAGAGGCACCGUGGUAUUUCGAACUGUAAUUAUCACAUAUUUGCCGUCUAAGCGCCAUCGCCAGGCGUUACGUUCUUCAUACAAAUAUCCACAAUGAAAUAGAUACCCCUUAACCACAACCGGGAUAUGCCUGGAAACGGUACAGG